UCGGAAGGCUUCAGACGCCUCCCGCAGGCGGCAGCCCCGGAGGCGGCGCAGGGCAAGGGUGGCCCUGGCGAGUCCGAGGCCGGCGCGGGAGGGGAGGGCGAGCUGCGGGGCGCCGGCGACCAGCCCGAGACGCGCUCGGUAUGCAGCAGCCGCAGCAGCACCAGCAGCGGCGGCGACCAGCGCGCCGGCCACCAGCACCAGCACCACCAGCCCAUCUGCAAGAUCUGCUUCCAGGGCGCCGAGCAGGGUGAGCUGUUGAACCCCUGCCGGUGUGAUGGGUCCGUUCGGUAUACACAUCAGCUUUGCCUGCUCAAGUGGAUUAGUGAGAGGGGCUCCUGGACCUGUGAGCUCUGCUGUUACAGGUACCACGUCAUAGCUAUCAAAAUGAAGCAGCCUUGCCAGUGGCAGAGCAUUUCUAUAACACUGGUUGAGAAAGUUCAGAUGAUUGCUGUAAUCCUAGGAUCCUUAUUCUUAAUAGCAAGUGUGACCUGGCUUCUCUGGUCUGCCUUCAGCCCCUAUGCAGUGUGGCAGAGAAAGGACAUCCUUUUUCAGAUCUGCUAUGGAAUGUAUGGUUUUAUGGACCUAGUGUGUAUAGGUCUCAUUGUCCAUGAAGGAGCCGCCGUUUACAGAGUGUUUAAACGCUGGAGAGCUGUUAACUUGCACUGGGAUGUCUUAAAUUAUGACAAAGCCACAGACAUUGAAGAAAGUAGCCGAGGAGAAUCUUCCACGAGCAGGACUUUAUGGUUGCCAUUGACGGCUCUACGGAACAGAAACUUGGUCCACCCAACACAGCUCACCUCUCCGAGGUUUCAGUGUGGCUACGUGUUAUUACAUCUGUUCAAUCGCAUGAGGCCCCACGAAGACCUGUCAGAGGAUAACAACUCCGGGGAGGUUGUGAUGAGAGUGACAUCCGUGUAGCCAAGUGGACUGCCCAGUGCAUUUUGGAAUGUAAUUGCAAUGAAUGGUCAAACCAUCCAAUUCCUAAAAGAUAAAAAAAACACCACAUCUAGGAACUUUUU